CAGCUAUUCAUUCGAGUAUCUGAGUACGUGAAGAUCAGUUCGGUGUGCUUUAGUAAAUUUAUAUAUUGCGGAUAAAACGGCACAACAACAACAACGAGUGUUCUAAGACGUGAGGGUGUAGUAAGACGUGUGCGAUAAGAAGCUAAAAGUUUAAAUAUAAAAACGAAUUUGCGAAGCACGAACAUACGAAGGGUGCUUUGUUCGAUUAGUGACAGUGUUAUUAAUACAUACAUACAUAUCUAUAAACAUAUACAUACUCGUAUGUACAUAUAUUUGUGCAGUUGCCAAAGCAGCUGACGUGCAAAAGUCAAAAAGAAAAAAGUAUUAGUCAUAAAUAAAUAAAGCAACAAGAAUUGCUAAAGUUUAAAGUGUUCGAUAAGCUCAACACCGAGGCAAACACGAAAGUCAAAGGAAGCGGGCAACCAGCUAAGCAGCAGCGUAUAAAAUUUAUUGAAAAGCAUAUAACUCAAGCCGUUGAAGGAGCAUUGUCACAAGCCGGUGCAAUAUACAUAUCUUCCGACAACACUACACAAAACAACAACAACGCCAAAGAAAACAAGUGAAAACCAAGCACCAACUGCAGCAUCAGCAUCAGCACCAACAACAACAAAAUAAUGGCGAGAAGUUUACGUCCCCUUAAAAUCACGAUUGUUGGCGAUGGUAUGGUGGGCAAGACCUGCCUACUCAUCACAUACACACAAAACGAAUUCCCCGAAGAAUACAUACCCACAGUGUUCGAUAACCAUGCCUGCAACAUUACGGUCGAUGGCAAUGAAUACAGUCUGACACUCUGGGAUACAGCCGGGCAAGAGGACUACGAGCGCCUACGUCCGUUGAGUUAUCCGAAUACGAGUUGCUUCCUGCUUUGCUAUUCGAUAAGCAGUCGAACAUCUUUUGAGAAUAUCAAAAGCAAGUGGUGGCCGGAGAUACGGCAUUUCUCCAAUAAUGUUCCCGUUGUGCUGAUCGGCACCAAGUUGGAUUUGCGAGUACCCAAUUCGGAGAAAUUCGUGACGACAAGCGAGGGACGUCGUUUGCGCAAGGAAAUUCAUGCGCACACGCUGGUAGAAUGUUCGGCCAAAAAGAAGAUCAAUCUAAAUCAAGUCUUCGAAGAGGCAGUCAGAUCUGUGGAGAAGAAACCAAGUGCUAAACCGAAGCAAUGCACAUUGUUAUAGGUUAUGUUGGAAUGACAUUGUGAAUGACCAAGUGAUAGAUGGCGUAGAAAUUGUAAACCCAAUAGCAGCAACAAAAAUUAGAAAAAAAACGUUUAUAAAUUAGAAAAACUCAAUUCAAGUCUAAUAAUAUACUAUUUAUUCCUGAUACUUCUUUUUUGUACGCCUUAAAGUCGACUGCUUUUUGGUGCAGCAAAGAAAUUAUUUGGUAAUCAGCGUUGAAGUUGUUGGAAUACAGUCGAUUUUGACAGGUUGAUCUAGAUAGUUGGGCGGGUAGAGAGAACUUUGAGUUCUUUCGCUUUGUUUUAUUAUUGUAUUCUUUUUAUUAAAUAUUGUAAUGUUGUAAAAAAAGAAAAUAAACUAUUUUUACAUUUAGUAAUUAAGUGCAAAAUAUUGUAUACACCAAUAUACAAACAUAUAUAUGUAUUUAUUAAUAAAAAAUAAAAUAUUUAUCACUGUAACAGUUAGACGAACUGGCUGGACAGUUGGAUAAUAUAAACAAAAAAUCACCAGUUAGAUGAUAAAUGUUGUAAAGAAAAUAUAUAAAAAAAAGUAUAAAAUAAUAGUAAAUGUCAAUAAUUUAAAUAAAAACUAUCCUGAAUAUUUUACAACUCAUAUUUCAAUGAGUUUUACAUGAUAAUACUUUAAUUUAUCGAAAUGUAACAAGAUGAGCGAGUAUUGGCCAUAAUCAUAUCUAUAUAUUUUAAUAUGUAUGUAUGUGAUUUAAAAUGAUAUCACUACAAUGAUUAAACGAGUAUAAUAAUGUACCUAAAAUAAAUGUAUAAUACAAAAUAUAUUUAGUUAUUAAAUUUAUUUCCAACAUUUUUGAGAUGCAAUAAACAAUUUUUAAACUAGUCAUUAA